UAUCAUCAAUAGAAUAAUUGGCGUUCUAAUGGCAACGACGCACUAGUAGGAUAAUAUUCAAAAACUUUGGUUUUUUUUACUGUCCUCAUCAUGUCCAGUCCACUAUCAUCAAUAGAAUAAUUGGCGUUCUAAUGGCAACGACAUUUUUCAUGUCACAAUGAACUAAAGUCAUGUAAAAGAAUAGUUUUGUAGCCCCUACAAGUGGAUCUUCCUUGAAUUUUCUUUGUAACAAUUCAAAAGUUCAUAUCAAGAUCGAUCUAAGAAGAAAAAGAGCAGGGAAAUUCUGAUAAUGGAGGCUGAUGGUGUUCCAACAGCGAGUGAAAUGUUCCGAGCUCAAGCUCAUAUCUACAAGCAUGCCUUCAAUUUUGCGAAUUCCAUGGUUCUUGGUUGUGCAAUUCAACUAGGCAUACCAGAUAUAAUUCAUAGUAAUAAACAGCCAAUGACUCUGUCUGAGUUAGUUUCAGGACUGAAACUUCCUCCUGCAAAAUCAAAUGGAAUUCAUCGAUUGAUGCGCCUAUUGGUAUACUCUGGCUUCUUUGCUACUACUAAAAAGCUUGAUGAAAAUCAAGAAGGUUAUGUUCUUACUCCUUCUUCUAAGCUGCUUCUGAGGAGUGAAAUCCCAAAUUUGUCACCUUUUGUUAGAGUACUGGUUGAUCCUGUUAUGGUGAAUCCAUGGCAAUCAUUGGGGGAUUGGUUUUUAGGAAAUGAAUCCACCCCAUUUGAGACAGCACAUGGUGCACCCAUGUGGGAAUUUUGUGACCAAAAUCCAAGAUUCAACAAUGUUUUCAAUGAAGCUAUGGCUAGUGAUUCCCAAAUGAUAUCUUUGGUUGUGAAGGACUGCAAAGAAAUUUUUGAAGAGAUGGAUUCCUUGGUUGAUGUUGGAGGUGGCACUGGAAUUAUAGCUAAGACUAUUUUGGCUGCAUUCCCUCAUUUAAAAUGCACUGUGUUAGACCUCCCUCAUGUUGUUGCUAACCUGCCAGAUACAGAAAAUUUGAAAUAUGUGGGAGGAGAUAUGUUUCAGUCAAUUCCCCCUGCUGAUGCCAUUUUGUUUAAGCAUGUUAUGCAUAAUUGGAGUGAUGAGGAUUGCGUGAAGAUGCUAAAGAGAUGCAGAGAAGCUAUAGGGGAUAAAAAUGAAGGAAGAAAAGGGAAGGUCCUUAUCAUUGACAUGUUAUUGGACAGAGAGGAAGAAGAAGCAGACAUGACUGAAGUAAAGCUCACUUUUGAUGUACUAAUGAUGGUUUUAGUCACUGGAAAGCAGAGAACUGAGAAAGAAUGGGAAAAGCUAUUCCUUGAGGCUGGUUUCAUCAGCUACAAGAUUACUCCUGCUUUUGGCCUAAGGUCUCUCAUUGAAGUCUUCCCUUGAAAUUAUCCACUUUAUGUCUCUUAUUUUGUAAUUUUUCUUUUAUUUAAGUUCUAUGCACUGAAUGUGUUAAAAAUAUUUAUACAAUCAAGUUAAUUACAUGUAAAUUUUUAUAAUAAGUAUUAACAGAUACAGAAAUCAGAACCAACAGAUGUAAAAAGCUAA